CUGAAACGACUUAAGUUUAUAAGCACCUUUAUAACUUGAAAUGGUAUUAAUUACUGAACUGGUUCUUCUCACUGUCGCUAUUCUAGUGUCUGCUACAGGAGCUUUGAUGGCCCUCAUAGUGAAUUUCGUACUGCCAGAUUACUUUUGGGACGAAGCGAAGGCUGGAUAUAAUCCCUUUCCAACUGUGCAAGGGGAAAAUUGGGAUGAAUUUGAAAAAAAGUGGAUGGCUGUGGGAAGAAAUCCAGGUGUCAUCGAAUCAUACCCAUUCUUGGUAUCCAUAUCUUCAUAUUACUUGGACAGUAAGAAGCAUUGUCUAUUCCUUUGCACAGGAGCCCUUGUAGACAGCUCCAAUGGAGUUGCCGUAUACACUGGUUCCGGAUGCCAUUUAGGAAACCAUAGGAAUAUAGUGGUUCGAGGAUCCAGUAAUUAUUUUUGGAAAGGGGGAAACGUUUCAAAAAUUACGUCGGUUCGAAGUCAGGGUGGCUGGCAUGUUAUGAAGAUAAAAGACAAGGUUGGAGCGCCGGCAGCUUUAGAUCUAACAAUGGUUAGGAAAAAGAUUAUUCCAACCGAUGCAACUCUGCAUUCGCUAGGAUGGGGAGCCGAAAUAAAUCCAAAUGUUGAUAUAAUAGGGGACGACACAUUCUAUGAGGAGAUCUGGGGAAUGAAAAGGGAUGCAGUGUGCCGAAAUGCAAAGUCUAUGUGCAAUUAUUACUUUUCCUCCCAUCACAUUAGCAGUUUUUUCAUUGAAGCUAUGGAUGACACUCUUACAUGUUGCUAUGAAGGUUACAUUGUGCAUACAGAAGAGCGUGAUACAAAGCGAGCCCAUAGUGAACUGACUGGAAAGCCGUUAGUUUACAUAGACUCUAAGGGUAAACCUACUGUUAUUGCUAUGCAAUAUAAGACUGCUGUCAGCGUCAACGAAACUAUUGGCUAUUACACAGUGUUUCGAGCAAUCGGUCCUAACUUUAAUGAAGCUGGCAACACUCCAGCCAUUGAUGAUGAAAUAGAAAAGACAGAAAGCGGAAAGAUAGGAGACCAGUUAAUCGUCACUAAAAUAUACAGGGUUCAGAAUACUAAAAAAUACUUUUUGCAGUGGUUCAGAUAUUCUGGCGCUAAAUUCGGAGAACAAUUUCCACAACAAUGGCAGAAGGUGGAAAAUCCAUGGACAAAUGGCACAGCGGAAAUGCACACCGAAGCUGAAGAUGAGCUGCAGAAAAAAAGACUAGCACCGACUUCCUCUCUGACGUGACCAGGCGAGUAUAACUACUUGGUGACGCAACAAUCUAGUAGAUUACUGUAUCUUGACUAACAAGAAGCGCCCCAACGUUAAUGCGGUUUCGAUGGAUGGCCAAGCUCUACCCA